AUGAUUGAUUCAGACAGCGGAGAUGACGAAGAGCAGCGAGCAGCAAUUGCCCUCCUGCGUAAGAAGGAGGAGGAGAAGAAAAGAUUAGCAGCAGCAGAAGCAGAAGCAGCAGCAGAAGCAGAAGCAGCAGCAGCUGCAGCAGCAGCAGCAGCAGCAGUAAAGGAAGAGAAGACUACUAUUGAUGUGCUGCAGCAGCAGCAGCAAAAUACAUUAAUACAGCAGCAAGAAGCAGCAGCAGAUAAAGAAGAUAAGGAGAAUAAAUUAAAUAAUAUUAAGGCAGCAGCAGCAGCAGCAACAAGAGCGCAUGCAUUAAGCAGCAAAACAUGUAAAGAUGAGCACAGCAACAAGGAAGCUGCAGCAGCUACCAAGGCAUCGCAUGCAAGCAGCAGCAGCAGAAGCAGCAGCAGCAGCAGCAAUGCACAGCAGGGUCUAACAGGGCCCGAGGCGCGGCGUCGUAAAGGUGCACUAGGUAGGGCCCCUGUGCAUAGCAGCAGCACAGCAGCAGGAGCAGCAGCAGCACAGCAGCAGGAGCAGCAGCAGCAGCAGCAGCAGCAGAAGGGUACAGGGGCUACAAGGGCACAGCCUAAGGCAGGAGCAAGAUUUGGUGCAGCAGCAGCAGCAGCAGCAGCAAAUGCUGCAGCAAGGAUUCGUCAAGCUCGUGGUGAUGAUAAGCAGGCUGCUGCAGCAGAAGCAGCACAAGGGAAGAGACGAUUAGAUGCAGCAGCAGCAGCAGCAGGAGCAGCAACAGCAGCAGGAGAAGCAAACAGAAUAAGACAGAGGAGAGUGUAG